UCGGCCUGGGUCUGAGCCGGGGUCCCCCGCACCUCCUUCCCGGGGACAUGGAGCCGCGCCCUCUCCAGCCGCCGCCGCGCCCGCCCUGCGCUCUGCUCCGCCGUCCACCGGCCCGGAUCUGACCGAGCCUGGCAGCCAUGAGCGCCAACCCCCAGUGGGACAUCAGCAGGGCGCUGGGGGUGGCCAGGCUCUUCCACCUGGUAUGCGGGGUCCGGGACGCCUGCGUGACCCCGUUCCUGACCCUCUACCUGAGGCAGCUGGGCUUGGCUGCGCCCUGGGUGGGCAUCCUCAUGGGAGCCAAACACCUGGUCACCGCCAGCUGGGCUCCCUUCUGUGCCUUCCUGGCCAAAAGCCACCAGAAAAGGAGAGUGCUUGUGAUAGGUUUGCUGCUGGGCUCGGCGGGAGCCAGCCUCCUGAUGGUGCUGGUUCCACCGCUGGACAGAGAUCUGAUGUCCCGCUCUUGUAAUGCCAGCAGAAGGGUGACCACCACACUCCAGCCACCGGGGUUCACACUAACUGUGACCAUCACCUCCGUCCAGGAGUGGACUUCAAAGCACCCAGUAGGGGCGCCCAGCCUCCCAGCCAGGAGAACUGGAGCUGGGGAAGCCUCCGGCUUCAAAAAUGGACCCAGUGAAAGUGAUCUAGAAAUUCUCAGUGGUCUACAGGGCUACUUAGUGGGUGCCAUGGAAGGAGCCAGGACCACGUCCCAAGUUCUUUAUCCUAUCACUUCAGGGACAAAAGAUAAUUCCUGGGAAAGUGCUUUCAAAGUGGUCGAUGCUGCCCUUGCGCUGUUUUCCGGAGACACGGUGCCAGCAAGUCCAGUCAACCUGUCAGUGGCCAAGGAAGAAGGCCAGCCCCUUGACCUCUCCUUGGAAGGGUUGCGAUGGACUUUCAUCCUCUCCCUGGGCUUCAUGGUGUUCUGGGAGCUGCUGACGGCCCCUUUGGAGCAGGUGGCAGAUGACAGCCUGUAUGAAUACCUGGAUUUUGUGGACGCCACUGAUGGGUACAGAAACUUGUGGAUCUGGAGGCUGCUGGGCAUGUCUGCAGGCGUGUGUGGCGUCACGGCCCUGGUGGGGCAGCUCGACUGCUUCCUGAUGACAAAUGGCCCUCAGGGUGUGAUGCAUUUCUACAGCUAUGCGCUGGUCAGCAUCCUGGCCUCACUGGUGAGCAUUGCCUUUCCUGUUCCCAUCUACCAGCGGCAAGAGCUCAGCUAUAAAACCAUCAAAGCACUCUCUCUCGUAGGGGGGGACCCCCACCUCGUUCUCUUGGCUUUCACUGUCUUUUUGAUAGGAGCCAUCGCCAGCACUGUACAGAACUUUCUGUUCUGGCACAUGAAGGACCACGGCAGUAGUGAGCUGGUCAUGGGCUUCUCAGUGGCGCUCAGCUUGCUGGGAGAACUUCUGCUGCAUCCUUUCAAAACUGUGUUGCUAAGGAAGCUAUCCAGGGUGGGUGCAGUGGGGCUGGGGCUGAGCUGUCUGGCUGGGCAGCUGCUCUACUAUUCUUUCCUCUGGAGCUGGUGGUCUGCCCUUCCUGUUCAGAUCCUGGGUGCCAUCAGCAGUGGGGUUCUGUGGUGGGCCAUGGCAGCCUCCAUAGAGGACCUGGCCACCCCUGGCACAGAGAGAUCUCUGAGUGCCAUGUUCCAAAGCCACUUUUAUAGGGGUGGCUGCAGCAUCGGCAGCUUUGUGGGGGGCUUUGUGGUGAUGCGCUUCAGCCUGGCUGUGCUCUACCAGGCCAGCUGUGUGGUCCUGUUGCUCUGGCUGGUCCUCUUUCUGUCCGUCCACCCCAGGCUGCCCAAAAAGAGAAAAAUAAACUACUCGAAGCUGCUGGCUGUGGAGGGAAGUGAUACCAGCGACUCGGAGCAGGGGUCAGAGCGGGACUGGCUUGUGAAGGCCAUGAAGGAGGAGCACUCAGAAUGGAAGGGCUGA